GGCACAGGCUGCCCAGAGAAGUUGUGGGUGCCCCAUCCCUGGCAGUGUUCAAGGCCAGGAUGGACAGAGUCUUGGGCAACAUGGGCUAGCGCAAGGUGUCCCUGUCCAUGGUAGAGGGGUUGGAGCUGGAUGAACUUUAAGGUCACAUUCAGCCCAGACCAUUCUUUGAUUCUGUGACUCAUCAUGCCCUGCCGGCUCUGCCAGACAUGGCCAUCACUGCAAGCCUGUGGCAGUGGAGAUGCUGUGCUUCAUUCAGAUGUCACCACUGCUGAUGCGGUUGGCUCAGGGCAGCUAAAAGACUUGCUCAGAUAAAAGGAAAAAAAGUGGAAGUUUUGUCUGGCCCUGCCCUCCCCACGAAACUCUGUGGUGCAGGGAGAGGGUGGAGACUCCCUUGGGUAACGGAGCGCAGGGAACCCAGCUCACGGCUCGCAGCCGUCUUGCAGCAGAUGUGAUGACACGGGUGGGACUGCCCUGCCCUACAAGCUGAGCGAGCCACCGGGGCUGCCUUCCUACACACCACGCUCUUCUCAUCUCUGCCUCCUGCUUCCUUUCCACCACCUCUGCCACUUCCUCAGCAGCCCUGCAGCACUGACCCAGACCUGCUGCUGAGGAAGGAUGGCAGAAGGCCGGCCACACUUAAGUAUUCAGAUGUCAGACUUGAAUACAAAUGGCACCCCCAGCAGAAAGCAGUCCUCUGCAGACUUAGCUGUUAGGGGAGGAAGCGUACUCACUUUCCACAGCAUCUCCUACCACGUGAAGAUGAAGACUGGGUUCCUGUGUUAUCAAAAAACAGCUGAUAAAGAAGUUUUGAGAGAUGUCAAUGGCAUCAUGAGACCAGGACUGAAUGCAAUUUUGGGACCCACUGGCAGUGGUAAAACUUCUCUGCUCGACAUUUUGGCUGCAAGGAAGGAUCCCCAGGGGCUUUCUGGUGACAUUUUGAUCAACGGAGCUCCUCAGCCUGCCAACUUUAAAUGUACCUCUGGAUACGUAGUACAGGAUGAUGUGGUGAUGGGAACCUUAACUGUAAGAGAAAAUUUGAAGUUCUCAGCAGCAGUCCGUUUGCCAAAGUCAGUGAAGGAAUAUGAAAAAAAUGAACGAGUGAAUCAGAUCAUCAAGGAACUGGGUUUGAGUAAAGUGGCAGAUUCCAAGGUUGGCACCCAGUUCACUCGCGGGGUGUCUGGAGGAGAGCGCAAAAGGACCAAUAUUGGGAUGGAGCUCAUCAUAGAUCCUGACAUCUUGUUUUUGGAUGAGCCAACUACAGGACUUGAUGCCAGCACUGCUAAUGCUGUUCUACUGCUACUGAAAAGGAUGGCAAAUCAAGGUAAAACUAUAAUCUUCUCCAUCCACCAGCCUCGGUACUCCAUAUUCCGACUGUUUGACAACCUGACACUGCUGGCCGCAGGGAGGGUGCUGUACCACGGCCCCACUCAGCAUGCCAUGGAGUACUUCCAGUCUGUCGGCUACGAGUGUGAGCCAUACAACAACCCUGCUGACUUUUUCUUGGACAUCAUUAAUGGAGACUCCACUGCAGUGGCACUGAGCAAGACCAAUGAAACUGAGACAGCAGAGAGCACUGAAGAACACACUGAAUAUGAUUUAACCUUGGCUGAGAAGUUAGCAGGAGAAUACUUCAACUCUGCCUACUACCAGGAAACAAAAGCUGUAUUAGAGAGUAUUUCUUCAGGAAAUGAAAAGAAAACAAAAGCAGUUUUCCAGCAAAUCACAUAUGCCAACUCCUUCCUUCAUCAGCUGAAAUGGGUGUCCAAGCGCACAUUUAAAAACCUGAUAGGAAACCCUCAAGCUUCCAUAGCUCAGCUGUGUGUUACGGCUUUCCUUGGCCUGGUUAUAGGUGCUAUUUUCUUUGGACUUCAAGAGGACUCUACUGGACUGCAGAACAGAGUGGGUGCAAUGUUCUUUCUGACAACCAACCAGUGUUUCAGCAGCAUCUCAGCUAUUGAACUCUUUGUUGUGGAAAAAAAGAUAUUUAUACAUGAAUAUAUCAGUGGAUACUACAGAAUAUCUGCAUAUUUCAUCUCAAAACUAAUGGCUGAUUUAAUACCCAUGAGGACUAUACCAAGCAUCAUCUUCUCCUGUAUAAUUUACUUCAUGUUAGGUUUGAAACCAACAGUAGAAGCUUUCUUUACAAUGUUGUUUACCCUUAUGAUGGUGUCCUACACAGCCACUUCUAUGGCACUAGCUAUUGCAGCAGGAGAGAGUGUGGAUGCUGUAGCAAACCUGCUCAUGAUGAUCACAUUUGUUUUUAUGACUAUUUUCUCUGGGUUGCUGGUCAACCUCAGAAGCAUCGUGUCCUGGCUCUCCUGGCUCAAAUACUUCAGCAUCCCUCGAUAUGGAAUGACAGCUUUACAAAUCAAUGAAUUGACUGGUCUGAACUUUUGCAGCAGCAUCAACAACACAAAUUUAAUCAGCAACAAUAACUAUCCACAGAUGAGCCAGCUGUGGUGUUUUGGAGAGGAAUAUCUGAAAAAUCAAGGCAUUGAUGCGAGUAGCUGGGGCCUGUGGCAGAACCACCUGGCUCUUGCCUGCAUGACCAUAAUAUUCCUUACCAUCGCAUACCUGAAACUGCACUUCAUGAAGAAGUUUUCUUAAAACCAGAAUGAAAACCACAGUUCCCACUAUUCAGUAGUUUGAUAAACUGUGAUCCGACUUGAUUCUUUUUUAAGAGACCUUCCUUUGUACUGUUGUUUAUGAUCACACAAAUCAACAAUGUGAAUGCCAUCCUUGUAUAUCAAAUACUUAGUAUUAAAGUACUUUGCUGAUGUGUAGCAUUCCUCAGUUCUCUUUGCCAGAAAAAGGAUACAACUAUUCAUUUCUUCAAGAGACCCUUCAGACUUUCUGCAUGUUCUAGCUGUGAAUUUGUUAAAUAAUGAAAUUAGUAUUUAAUGGCUUAACCUGAAAACCAAAACUAAUGGUUCAUUCUUUUAAUUAGCACCUACACUCACUGGCAAGCCAACUUUUACUUUGCUUUUA